AUGGAACAUCCGUUGGAGUUAUCGUUUGCUCGGUUAGAUGUUAUUCAUCCGCCGAAUGAGAAAAUUCACAAGGCCCAAAGGGAGUUAAAUGAGGUGAAAGAUAUUGUUCGGAAUAAUAUUCAGUUGGUAAUGCAACGUAACGAGAAGCUCGAUGCACUGAAGGCUCGUGCAGGUGUGAUGGAAGCUGGAGCAGCUCAGUUCACGUUGAAUGCAACAAACUUUCGACGUAAACUUUGGUGGAAAAGUGUUCGGACGAUGACAACAUUAGUCGCAUUGUGCAUAUUUUCAGUUGUCGGCACUAUCGGUAGACCACUUCAUUCCCUAAUUGCUUCAUUUUGUUGA